AUGUAUAUUAUAUGGUCUAUAAGAGAGGAUGAAUGGGCAAUUCUGGAGUCAACAAGCCCUAAAAAGAAGAUCAAUCAGCAAGAAGAGACACCUCCAGCAAAUUCAACCAGUGUGAAGGUCCAAGCAGGACAACUUGCAUACCUAAUGUCUGAUGGAGAAUCUGAUUCAGAUAAGGAAUAUGAACCACUGGAAGAAAGAACAUCAGUUAAUGUUGGAACUGUUGAAGAAGCUAAGAACAGUCAAAAAGCUAAGAUUGCAACACCCCAUACUCAGCAUACUAGACAAUUUAUUACCUACUGGGAUAAUCAAGCUAGUGUUAAUGACAAUAUCAUGAAAGACAUUGAACCAAUCAAUCAGAAGAAGCCUGAAAUUCAGAACAAGACCAUGAAGAAACAAAGAUCAAGAUAUUCUGCAACAGAUCAUUUAUCCUCUCAGAUUCACAAUUCAACAGGUGCCAAUGAAUUAAUGAGUCAAAUUCUCAAUAGGAAGGUCAAAGUGUCAGUCAAGAAGCUUAUAGGUGUAUUACUGAAGCUUCAUCAAGCAUUCUUCAGAUCAGGUUGGAAUAACAGUACUAGCAAAAGCCAUGCAAAGGUUGGAGUCUCCAAACCAGUUCAGCCUGAGCUAAAGAUUAAUUCCAGUUGA